UAAGUCGUCGGUGGUCAGUAAAGACUGCUGAGAGCAGCAAAAUCCGCUCAUAAAAUGCUUGGGGAUCUAAAGGAAGAUUAGCGAAGUGUACAUUUUAUUUUGUGAAUAUUUUCAAUUACGACAGUGUAAGUUUGCUGUUUAAUGUCUCCGAAACGAAGCGAGAAAAGUGUCGAAACUCGAAAAAAAGACGAUUGGUUGUGCUCUGCUGUGGACACAUAGCGAUAUAGGAAAUGAUUGUCACAGUUAAAUCUUCGUGGAGACAAUCAUUCUGUAUCCGUAUAUCCGGCGUGUUACACUUGCUAGACUCUAGAGCGUGUGGUGGUGUGAUAUGUGCAGCAAUUCGUCUAAUGCAUUCCAAUAGUGCUGUUCUGCAAGCUUAUCUGUAUAUUUUUUGCCAUUUUUGUUUUGUUGUCUGCUCAGACACAGCAAAAAUCCAAUAAAAUACUAACAGAUACUAAUUCUAACGUUAAAAGAAAAAACAGGAACACGAAGUACUGCAGUGCGUGGCAGGUGCGAUACUAAAAUUAUGUUGAUUUAAUGUUGUAAUUAUGUUGUAUAAUUUUUAUGUUGAUUCAUUAUUCUCUCAAUCUACUCGUAUCGAGUUGUACAUGAAGCAACCACAAUUAAUCAAAUAUGUUGCAUGUAAUUAAUAUUAUGGUGCAAAGACCAUGAAAACGAACUCCUUAUUGCAUCAGCUGGCUCUCAAUGACGCUAUAUCCGGUUCAUGCCGACUAGCAUUAUUAAUACACUCUGUAUUUGCGAUUCUUUUCUGCUCUCUUCUCAAAUAAACACUAUACGAAAAAGAACCGGUUUACAGAGUACAGCAUUUUUUUGGAUUACUGUUCAUAAUUUGAACAAGUACAUUGUCAUCCGCACAUGAACAGGAUGCGCUGGUUUAGUAAGUUAACGUAUUUAUAUGUGUUGAUCGAUCGCGAUCCAGCUUUAUCUUGCUAGUAUCCGUAAUCGUAUUGUAUCGGUGGAUUUCCGCUUCGUUUAAACUGCCAGGCUUUCUCCACAGUUUACAGCUAUGUUUUCGAACGGGUCUUCAUCGGGUGCUGCGAAACAUCGCGGCGCAGUCUCCAAAAUAAUCAACUGCAUUGAAAACUCGCUAGUGUGCCCCGACAUGAGCGAUGUGCAAUUUGCGGUGGGAAGAGAUUACGGCGAGGAAAAACACUUCUCAGCGCAUAAGAUUAUCCUGAGUGUCCGCAGUGAUGUCUUCCACCAGAUGUUCUAUGGAACAUUACCUGAGAAGUGUACCGCUCCCAUCGAUAUUCCCGAUAUUCUGCCAGACGCAUUUGCCAACAUGCUCAGUUAUAUGUACACUGACGCUGUGGAGUGCCUAAACGAGGACAAUGCCUUCCACACACUGGGAUGUGCCGAUAAGUAUGACAUGCCGUUGCUGGUGGAACUCUGCGUCGCCUUCAUCCUUAACCAGCUCAACACCGACAACUGCUUGGCCAACCUUGAGAGCGCGAUGUUUUGGGGAACACCGAAAAUCGUGGAGAACUGCCUACGCUUAGUAGAUGCGUCGGCUGAGAAGGCUUUACAGUCGAAGGAGUUCCUUGAAUUAGGACAGGACUCCUUGAUAGCCAUCCUCAAACGAGACACAUUUUAUGCUGAAGAGGAUAAAAUCUAUGCGGCUAUAGAGAAGUGGGCCGUGCACGCUUGCGCUCGCAAUAGUCUGGUUCCAUCUCCGGCCAACGGGCGGCAAAUGUUGGGCGCUGCUCUAUAUCUCAUCCGUUUCCCCUUACUAACCGACAACCAGCUACGCAACGGUCCCGCAGAGACUGGUUUGCUGCUGCUAAACGAGCUCUCCUACCUCCAGCGCCGCCUCCAUCAUACACUAACUGCAGACUUGUUACCCCUUCCAUUUCCCGUGGAACCUCGGCGAGAUGAUGCACGCAGUGAAGGUACUAUCAACUACACCGUGCCGAAUGUAAAAAACCUACCAACUACCGCAAUAUACAGCACUUCCAUCUGCGUCCGAUUUUUGCCUUGGAGGAUCCGCGUUGAGAGACUAACUAGCGGCGCAUCUCCUACCUUGGGCUUCUUCCUGCAGAGUCCUGCCGAUUCGGCGGCAACAUCCUGGACAUGUCAGGUUACAGCAGACUUGCGACUACUGCCACAUAACCCAGCAACUCCGCCGAUUGAGCACAAGUUAUCCCAUCUGUUCCACAACCACGAAAUCGGCUAUGGUUUUCCCAGUUUUGUUACAAUGGAGGCGUUGUUGGAUCCCGCAAAAGGCUACGUCAACCCUACCAAUUCCUCGCUGCAGCUGCAGGUCAGACUGUCUGCCGAUAUUCCCAAUGGAAUUUGACACAGACGAGCAUUGUUCUCCGUGUGGCGCUCUAUCACGAAGGAUAGUCUACUUAGUGUUUCUGGCACAAAGACUUUAUCAUGGAACAUGGCUGGGGUGAAUUAAAAUGACUAAAUCUUUUCUAUGCCCGAAACGUCGAAGGAGAUGGUACCUCUACGGCUCUACUAUACGACGAUUUGUGAUUUUUAAACGGCAGUAAGCAGGUCCAUGUAAUAGACCCGCGUUGGUAAAAACUUGUCAAUAAUAGUUCACAAUUUAAACAUGGCUUGUGAUAAAGCAUUGAUAAGUUACCGGUGUUCGAGCAACA